UCGAGAAAUUGAAGCUGCAUGCAUAAACAUUCGUCAUUUCUAUUAAAAUAAUUUUAUUUAAUAUCUUUAUAAAACGCUUUCAAAUGUCGGAAGAAGCAACGACUUCGGUGAAAGUGGAAUUCAAAUCGAAAGCUCGAAGAAAUAUCCGGCAGCGGAAGCGUUCCGAAGAUUCCGAUAAUGAAGAAAGGAAACCAGAUGAGGAUGUCUUAUCAAAACUCGAAGAAACUAAAGAAAAACAAAGGUUGAGAAGUAAACCGAACGGAAUAAAUAUCUUAAGCUUGGCAGCUGGUAAAAAAGUAACAGUUGAAGAGGAAGUAACAAAUAAAGACCCCUUCAAUGCAAAAUCCGGAGGUAUGGUGAACAUGCAUGCCCUAAAAUCAGGCAAAAUCAAAACAUCCGACGAUGCCUACGACACCGGAAUCGGUACACAAUUCUCAGCAGAAACGAACAAACGGGACGAAGAUGAAGAAAUGAUGAAGUACAUCGAAGAACAGCUUAGCAAAAAGAAAGGCAUUGACACUGAAAACCAGGGAGAGCUGGAUCCUGAAUCAAAUCGAUAUCUCAGCCCCGAAGAAGCAGCUUUACUCUCACUGCCGGCUCAUCUUAGUCAAACUUCCUCGCAAAGGUCGGAAGAAAUGCUUUCCAAUCAAAUGCUGAGCGGUAUUCCAGAGGUUGAUCUAGGCAUCGAAGCCAAAAUCAAGAACAUCGAGGCGACCGAAGAGGCAAAGCUUCGGUUUCUCAUGGAACAGCAACGCAAAAAGGACCUACCGUCGCAUUUUGUGCCCUCAAAUAUGGCAGUCAACUUUAUGCAACAUAAUCGUUUCAAAAUUGAUCAGCCUGUGCAGCAAAAACGACGACACCAAGAGGAACGUGGGCGUUUCUCGGGUGACGACAAGGCGCCUAAGAAGGCCACUGAUGACUAUCAUUUCGAUAAAUUUAAGAAACAGUACCGUAGACAUUAGCAGCUUAAUAUAAGUUUUAAAACAAUAUGAAUGAAAAACAUCUUCUGUCUGGUUUAAGUUUAAAAACCAGAAAAAAAUAAAUAAAAAUCUGCCAGGUUAAAUUUUCAUAGUAAACAAAAAUCUAAAUUCAUGCAUGGAUCAUUUUACAAAGAGUUGAGGUAAUGAUUUUGAAAUGCAUAUUAAGCUAUGCUGUAUUUAUUCAUUCCCGAAUGUUGUUUUUUCUCCUACUAUAUUUUUUUUGACCUGAUAUAAUAUAAUUUACAAUAAGGUUGAAUAAAGA